AUGUUCCAAGUUCACGCUCCGACUCUUGGAAACAUGAUAACUACUGUAGCAGGCGAUGCUAGACAAGGUACCAGUUUUAGCAUGUUGAAUGACAAUGCCUUAUCCAUUAUGGAUCAGUCCAGCCACCCUUCGAGCGACACCUCUGAUGAUGAGCAGAUGUCUCCAAUUCCCAAGGCUGUUGAUGAUAAACCAGAUCUUAUUCCGCAAAGAAGGUCUAGUGACUCUAAGAAUGACUCUAUUAUACAUAAUUUAUUGGUUCGUCAACAAUUUACGCGAUCGAUGCCUCUAGAAGCUAUUGACAUCAGGCUUGUUGUGGCAAAAUCUGCAGACUCACUUUCCGCUGAGCCCCCAACUGUCUACGUCCUUAGACCUCUCCAGGUCAACUCGCCCAUGUUACUGACUGGACAUCAGGCCAAACGUUCCCUGGCAUUAGCUGCAGGCCAUGUGUUUUCGUCAGAUUCAAGAGACGAUGAUCGAAUGGUAGAAGCAAUAGAGCCGAUUAAAAAGACCAGAUACCACGAUUCUUCUGCCUUCCAGCAACUGCGAGCAGCAGAAAGAGACUCAGCUUCUUUUAUGUUGAGCAUAUUCCAUCUUGCAAGGCAAGUCAGAGUUUCCAGUCAUGACCCAAAAAUCCAAGGCGAUAUGCGCUACAAUGAGGACUGCUCGCAGAAACAGUUUGACCAACAAACUGCACCCAAUUCUGCCUAUCACGUCUCUGGAUUUUUGGCUUCAGUCGCUGGCUCGGACGCGGCAGGCUCCAUGCGAUUAUGGAGCAUUCCUGCCUCUCAGUCGUGUUCUUCACGUGGGUUUAUAUGCUGUUAA